UUCAUGCCACUUUCAGCUGUGCGUGUGGAAUCCUUAGACCGAGGGAGAACGAUCUCUGUAGCAACUGACUUUGAGAGAGUCGCCUUUUACUGUUAAAACCUGCUUUACCGGACACAACGCAUACGAGGGGAGUAUGUAUUAGCAAUUUCUCUUUAUUCCCUUAACCAGACGAGCGGCAACGAAUGCGUAAAUGGUCAACGCUGAGCAGGAUAGUGCGAAACAAUGAAGUCGAACUGCCCGUGAGUUUUUAACCACAGUUAGGGGAUGGAUUUGGACUACUGCCGCAGAUUCAGUAACUAUGGUCAACAUUCUUGUGUCUGAGGACGUGUAGAAGGAAGAUUUAGGUAGCUAACAUCGAAACGUGGUACGUGGACUGCCGUUUAAAAUCUGGGAACUAGAUGAACUAUCAAAUCACUGCAUGAAUCAAAUUCAGUGACUGGGGUUGGGAAACGCUGUGAUAGUUUUGGAAACGCGGAAUCUCACAGCCUAUCCAAUAUUAUUAGUCGAGUUUCUUUAGUAUAGCCUUUUAAUCCUGGAAUUUCCAUUUUUGCUUACUAAAGAUUCGUCUCGUCUGUGCACUGGAGAACUUUUUAAUUAAGGCAGGAGGCAGCCGACAAAAAGGCACCCGUCUUUGAACCCGAGCCCGUGUUGCCUACCGCACAGUGAAGACCGACGGACGGACUCUCCAUUCAUGGCGUUUGUUGGCUAAAUUGUUGCAUCCGGUUUUGGUUGUUUUUUUGUUCGAUUUUUUUUUUUUUUUUUUAAUUGGCCCAGUCCUGGAAAUCAACAACCGCUCUCCAGUUUCAGGACCGUUUGAAAAACACAACGAGUAGGUUAAGUGAAUCAGUGUUGUAUCUCAGGCACUUCAAUUUAUACCAUCAUCACAUCUCUCAGCCUUAAUCCUACUGAGAGCAGAGGAAUUCAACAUCAAAUAGUAUAUUUGUUUGCCACGUAUUUGUGAACAAUUGCGCAUUUGUUGAAUUUAUUAACCAGUUGACUUGGCUUCAUAUUUGGAACAUACAUUGUGGAAUACUUAAUUGAGGGCGCAAUUGAGCCACUUAAUCCGGAUACCUGUAACUUUCUUCUGCAGUUUGGUGCUCCUUUAUAAAGAGAAUACGUCUUCGUCAUGCCUUGCGUUUUAUCAUAAAGCCAAUCAGACAAUUGACAUAGUAGACCGAUUCAGUAAGGCUACACCACCACAUAUUGUAAACAAUUGAACUUGACUCUCGAAGAACCUGUCAUAGGCAAACACUGGUCGAAAGCUAUAUUUGAAGACUCCUGUAUUCACGAUUGCUUACUGGAUUUACCGAGAUAUCUACGAUGUCAAUUUUACCAUCUUGCAAAGGAACUCUGCUGCUCUGUGUGGUGCUAAUUUCAAAUGCAUUUGCAGUGAAAGUAUCCCCGACCAGCUCAGAUGCUCUCCUCAGCUCUUCGGCAGUCACAUCCACCCCCACCCCUCCUGAUGUCUACCUUCCCUCCAACUUUAAGCUCUCCAACGCCCAGCUGGCCUUCUUCCUGCGAGAGACCAGGUCCUCGGGCCAGAGCAGCGGUAUCCCCAACAACGGACAUCCUCUCCAGCGUUCCGAGAGCUUUGUGGUCUUUCAGACCAAGGAGCUUCCCGCCGUCAACAUCACCUUUGGCCCGUUCGCCCAGGACCAGAGCCUGUCCAAGGACCUUCUUCAGCCCUCCAGCCCCCUGGACAUCCCCGGGCGGCUGACAGUCAACUGGAAGGUCCGGGCCUUUAUCGUCCAGUCAAGGGUGUUUUCCAGCAACCCUGUGGUCCAGGUGCUCUUCUACAUAGCAGGUCGCGACUGGGAUGACUUCAAGGUCCAGGACAAGCUGCCCUGCGUGAGGCUCCACGCCUUCCGUGACGUACGCGAGAUCAAGACGUCGUGCCGCCUAUGGGGGAACCUGGCCCAGUGCUUGGCCCAGCUGGAGUUGCCCCCCACCUGGUUCAAUACCAAUGUGGCCCCCCUGGGCCGGAGGAAAGGCCCCAGCGACAGCUUGGGCCUGGAGCUGAGUGUGGAGACCCUACAGACCGAGCUCUACUACACCCUCCACGACCCGGACAGCGGAGGGGAGUGCGGGGAGAGAUCGGGCCGCAGAGGAGGAUCAAGGGGUGAGCCCCCCUCUCAGCACCCCCUCCUCCGCAUUGGUAGCAUCAGCCUGUACCAGUCCAGCCAGGAGCAGUUGGUGGUGGACAAGCAGCUGGAUAAGAACAUGUUCCUGAGGUUGCCGGAGAAGCCGCUGAAGCCAGGAGAGACCCUCAACAUCUUCCUCUACCUGGUGCCCAACUCCACCGUGGAGCAGUUCACCCUCAAGGUCAAGGCAAAGAAAGGGGUGAAUCUUCUGCAAACCAAGUCAAAGAAUGCCCAGUGGACUGUGGACUGGGAGGUACAGUCUGGGGCGAAGCAUUCCAUCACCACCAUCGACGUGAACAAAAAUAAAGGAGUGCAAGCCGGGGAUGAACUGGCCAAUAUCGAGGUGAUGCAACUGGACUUUGAGAUGGAGAACUUCACCAGCCAAUCGGUCACCAGAAGGAUCAACUGGAACAUCGACUACCGGGGCCAGAACCCACCUCCGGACUCUGAGAAGGUGGUGACUGAGUUGACCGUGGUGCAGAAGGACAUUCAGGCUAUCAUCCCACUCUCCAUGGACACCGAAAUCAUUAACACUGCGGUACUGACCGGCCGAACCGUGGCCAUUCCCGUGAAAGUGGUCUCUAUUGAAAUGAGUGGAGUCGUCACCGACGUCUCGUCCUUCGUAGAGUGCAAGUCGUCUAACGAAGACAUUGUCAAGGUGUCCAUGAAUUGUGACUACGUGUUUGUGAACGGGAAGGAGACGCGGGGCUCCAUGAACGCCCGUGUCAUCUUCAGCUACGAGCACCUCAGUGCCCCCUUAGAGCUGACCGUGUGGGUGCCCAAACUCCCCCUUCAAGUGGAACUGUCCGACAGCAACCUGAGCUUCAUCAAGGGCUGGAGGGUACCCAUUCUUCCUGACCGCAGGAGCGCCAGAGACAGUGACACAGAUGACGACGAGGACGACCGGCGGGUGAGCCGGGGCUGCACUUUGCAGUACCAGCGUUCCCUUGUCAAGGUGCUGACCCAGUUCCACACCACCUCCACCGAGGGCACCGACCAGGUCAUCACCAUGCUGGGGCCCGACUGGCAGGUGGACGUGACGGACCUGGUUCAGGACUCGCUAAAGGUGGUCGACCCCAGGAUAGCCGAGCUGGUGGACCGCACCGUGCUGGUGGGCCUGGAGCUGGGCUCCACUGUACUGAAGGUGGAGUCUCCACUCGCCGUGGAGGCCAUGUUGGGAGAGACGUCGUUUUCCGUCACCGAUGAGAAAGUCUCCAUCUUGGAACUUCGCGUCCACGCCAUCUCUGGACUUUCUUUGUCACUACAGCCCAGCCCUGGCAACAGUCACACUAUGGUCGCCAAGGCAACUGGCCUGCAGACACUUGCUGCACCAAAGCAGGAGGCCAGCUUGUCCAUCUGGCUUUACUACAGCGACAGCACCGCAUCGCCUCUGACCUUCUUCGACCCCAAGGACUACAACCUCAACGCUUCCACACUGGACGACAAGGUGGUGUCCAUAUCCCAGGAGCCUCAGCACCGCUGGCCGGUGGUUGUGGCGGAGGGCGAGGGCUCCGGGGAGAUGGUGCGUAUGGAGAUGACCAUCUGCGAGGCCUGUCAGAAGACCAAGCGCAAGAGCGUCAUCGCUUCGGCCCCUGUGUACGUGAAAGUCCGCUUCGGCCCGGAGGAAGACUCCGAGGAAGAAAUGGAAAGCGAGAUCGAAAUCGAGCCAGCCCGUGUCACCAGGCGGCCGGUGGAGGACUCCAACCUCGGCGACAGAGGCUUCGAGCCGUCCAACGAGCAGCCGGCGAGCGUUCCCAUCGACUACACCAACUUCCCGACCAUCAGCAACCAGGAGAGGCCCACCGAGGGAGAGGAAGAAGAGGAAGAUGAUGAUUUCAUCCAUGCGCCCCGCAGCAUGACCGACCUGGAGAUCGGCAUGUACGCCCUCCUGGGCGUCUUCUGCCUUGCCAUCCUGGUCUUCCUCAUCAACUGCAUUGUGUUUGUCCUCAAGUACCGCCACAAGAGAAUCCCCCCUGAGGGCCAGGCCAACAUGGACCAUUCCCACCACUGGGUUUUUUUAGGGAACGGACAGCCCUUGAGGGCCCAGAGUGAGCUUUCACCCCAGACAGUGGAGAGCCCCAUUAACCCCCUGGAAGGGGUACAGACUUGUUGCCAUGGUGACCACCACAGCAGCGGCAGCUCCCAGACAAGCGUUCAGAGCCAGGUCCACGGGAGGGGCGACGGCAGCUCUGGGGGCUCCACCAAGGAGCAUGGCGAGGAGGCCAGCUCGCCAACCUCCAAGCGCAAGCGCGUCAAGUUCACCACCUUCACCACGCUCCCCACAGAAGACAUGCCCUACAACUCCAUCCCCAUUGCAGAUGAAGAGGACAUUCAGUGGGUCUGCCAGGACAUGGGUUUCCAGGACCCAGAGGAACUUCAUGAUUACAUGCGCAGGAUAAAGGAAAUAGCCUGAAGGGGCGGCUGUUAAGAAGCACCCUCCUUACAGCUUUCAAAAAAUACUUUCCUUUCUAUUUUUCUCUUUUUUCACUUUAGUGAGAGAGAACUUUUCACAAACAAAAAGCAAGGCCAACUACACUUCUGUUUUUGUUCGUUUUCUUUUCCUUUGCACAGUGCCGUUUCCCGUACACACUUUUUGGAAGUCGUAAAAAAAUUGGAAAGCCAAAGCGUAGACAAGAAUUUUAAACGCUAGAGAAAUGGCUAUGUAUGGAUGUCCCUUCUACAGAGGUAGAGGAGUACACUCUCAAAUGGACUUAUAAGCUUCAGUCGUGAGCACGGUUCCGCAGGAUGGAUUUUAAGUGCUCCGUCACUCCUACUGGAGGUUAGUUAGCGAGCGUGAUACGGACAGGAGUGUUUUUAGUAGGAUGGGUUGGGUCUUGGCUCUGUGUUUGUCGGGUUGUCCCAACACCAAGUACCUUCUCCAACAAAGAGGCCUUCGAUGUGCAGAUUACAUUUUCAGAGAAACAGCUUUUGGGAUGCAACACGGAACAACCUGAUGGACAACCAAUUGUCAAAGACGCUCAUUAAAAACAAUGUAACCAAUUAAUUUUAUUUUGCCAGAGUAGGGAAGCAUUCGUCAAUGGCAGAACCUCCUUCAUUGUUCUUGGUACAGCACAUGCUAUGAUUUCAUUCAAUAUCAUUACUGUACAUUUUGCUACAUUUCAUACAAAUUCCAAGCCAGUGCCCUAAUACUGGUUUCAUCACUUUCCUGAUUAAGUCUAAUGCCUUAGAAUGGGUUAUAGAAUGGGUUUCACUGAUCACAACUGAUUUUAAUGCUGACACCCUGUUUUCACACUUUGGGUUAGGGGCCAGUGCGGAGGGCAAUUAUCCAAAACGCUACAACUUGUCAAAGGUUUAGUUAUAUUGGGAAAUACUAAAGCUUGUACGUAUAUUGUGAAGUAAACGAUCUUCGACAUUCUUUGCAUGAAAGGAGAUACUGAGGCACAAUCAGCAUUUUUCCAAAUUUGUAAAUGUUUGUAUUGUAAUUAUCUAAUUAUACCUAGACAAUACUAAAGGACAUAUGUUGUAUCAUGCAUUACAUGCAUGCCGUGCCAGACCUGCAUAGUACAGCCCUCCCUCGUAUGUACAUACCAUGACCAGCUGAGUUCCUCUUCAGCAGCAACAUUACAUUGAACUAGUUAGUCAUGCAGAGAUAGAGAAGGGGGAACGUGUUGGCCCAUCACUGUAAGCAUAGUGUUUCCUCUGCAGUUUUUACUAAGAUGUCCCACUGUACACCUGAGAAUUACAAUGGAAAAACUCGCAUCCCACCAAAAUAUUUUGCAGCAGAAAUCGUUCCAUUUUAUUUUUUAUUUUUAAACACAGUGACCUCGUGUAAUCAUGCUCCCCAUUGAACACCAACGAUUUUGUACCGAGUCACGAUAUUAAUUUCCAAUCAAUCUAAACAGAGAAUGAGAAGUACUAUGUUUGGUCCAAAAUAUGUCCGUAAUAAAGCAUAGAUGCUGGUCAUGACCGUCACAGAAGCCAAGCGCACUGGUGCUGACGCAUUGGGCUAUUGUUAUGGUGGUGACGCCUUUUAAGUUUCUCAGGACUGUCUGUGUUUGAUGAAAUCUUAAAUGUAAUACUAGGAGUUUUGGUUAGUGAACCUGCACAAAAUAGAAUGACUGCAAAUGAUGAAUGCAAUGGGAUUCCAUGUAUAGGUUUGGUUAUGUAGAAGUGUUGGCUAGCUAGAGUGUGAUGAAUUUUAAAGCACUGGGUGGGAUGAUGACUGAUUCUUUGAAGAUCAUGUUGUUUCGUACUGAUCUGAAGAUCUGCCAAGUUUUUUUCAAGAGUAAUGAAAAAUAAACAGGAUGGAAAACUGUUCAAUCAGUUUUUAAUUCACCUUUAUUUGUGUGCUCUAAGUAGGGUGUGGAUUUGCUGUGUUUUUGUUAAUCAUAUGAUGUGCAAUAUGACCACAAUGGAAGAACAAAUGUCACCCAACCUCUCAAUUUGAGUUAUGAAUAAAUUCCAAUCAAUUAAUUUCCACAAAAAACAUCAACCUAGAUGGCUGACAUUUUGUCACCUGCUAUUAAGUAUUUUUUUUUGCUAUUCAGUUAAUUUGAUUUACAGCAUACCUUGUGAUGUGCAUUCCAAGUGGUUUCAUUGAAUAAUGACCUAAUUACACAAUGUGAUUAAAUCUCAAUCAAGCCCUAUUAACAUCUAAAGGUAAAUGGUCUUCAAAAUCAAAGACAACAAUUCUUGCCCUCGCUUCAAACCCACGCUUUUACAAAGAAACCGGUUGAGGAAAUGAACUGUUGGUUACAGCCAGACUUUUUUUCUUUCUUUUUUUUUUAACCCCCAUUUUAAACGAUGGUGUCUCAGGAUGAAUGUAUUGAUUCUCUACUGUACUUUGAUCAUCAGAUGGGUAUUUUGUCUCAUGUAUUACUAUGGUCAACCCAAAUCAUUACCACUGCUUAACAACGGUGGAUUAAGUUUCUAAUAGCAGCUUUUUAACAUUCUUUCUUUUUUUAUAGUUCUGACUUUCCAAUUUGAUUAUUCUUUCAGAGAUCAUAACAAAAUGUCUAUUAAAAACAUUUUAUGGCUUCUGAGAAUUUUUUUAUGUUUCCUUUCUCAAUGUAUAUAUGUAUAUGCUAAACCAUUUUUGUAAUGUGACUUUGGUGAAGGUGUGCAUACUUCUGUGUACAUCCUGUGUUUCUUCUGCAAGCUGCUGCUAGAGACUUUCUCACAUGUGGAUGAAUACUUUUGAAGUGUACCCCCAGGUGGAGACAUGGUGACCGUAUGCCAGCUCACUGACGAUACUAUGUUCAUGUACAGAGCACUGUUCAAUUUCCUGUAUUCUCCAGAAAAAUAAAACCCUUGUAUUUCCCCCUUAUAUGUAAAGUACUAAAGAAAAUACAAUACAUAAAAAUCAUGUGUCCUUUCUACUCAUCAUUAUAGCACUGUCAGAAAAAAGUGUAAUUGGGUUACAUACUGUGUAUGUGUUCUAAUUUAUUAUAAUUUAUGGAUGUAUGCAGUUCCUUAUCAUUCAGUUUAUCAGAAAUAAGGAAGCCUAAAUCUUCUGUCUGCAAGAUUGGGACAAAUUAUAGUUGGGAGAAGUUAAAUCAAAGAUAGUACAUUUAGUGAGAUACCACAGUUGGGCUUCUCCACAUUGAGAAAAGUGUCCUCUGUUCUGGUCCGACUAAAUGGGCGUGUCCUCUCGUGCCUGACUAACGGUCACCAUAGAACUAGACAGGUAAAGUCCUGCACUGACCUAAUACAAAGUUGUUUUUCCUCCAGUUUGGUAAAUUGAAGGGGGAAAGAUGUGGGGUAUUGAACUGCUCAGAACCCUUUCAACUUAGAUCAAAUUCAGUUCUAGUCUACUGUUGCCUCACCCCCACAAAUCUGACAGGUUUCAUCUAAUGUCUCUGGUUAAAUGGAUCAGUACAUGUAGGUAGGCACUCACUCUCUCCAUUUAUUGUACCUAGGGAGCCUAGGGUGGACCAGUCAAAGUACAGAGGUUAAAUGGGAACCUGUGUGCCUGUCUGUUCCUGGUCUCCUACUGUAUACGAGAUACUGUAUCUAGAGAAUGGGUCAUUUAGCCAGCUGUCAUUUAAGGCACGAGGACGGCUAUAUAUCUGUUGGCCUCGGGGUAGGCUGACCUUAAGUCUUUCCAAUUAGAUCUGCCUGAUGUAUCUGUCCCAGUGUAACCAAAGACAAGGUCUUCAUGCUAUGAAUCAUUCGAUACAGUAACAUUGACGCGAUGGAUAUUUAAUGUGCCCAUUUGGAUGAUGCUACAGUAUAUUGGUAGUAGAGGAUAGGGUAUAUUUUGGAAAGCGCUAUAUGUGAUCUAGACGUCAUGAAUACACUGCUGUCACUCAAGGGAAGCAAUCUCAUAUAUUUAAUUCAUAAUAGUUUAUCUAGGAUAAACUGUAGGAUAAGUCGAAGAUGGAAUAAACACACAUGAAUAUGAAAGUGAUGGCCAUACAAUCAAACAAACAAUGUGCAUACUAUCAGUGAUCUCUUGCAGAAACCGGCAUGUACUGCACAAAACAUACAUACCCUGUCAUGGCACUGACAACAGCAAUGUUAUGUUUAAUUCAUCAUCGUUGAGGGAUAAGCAGUUAAUAUAACAGGAUAAGUAAUGACUUUUAAAAACACUGAUAGUAAUACAGGAAUAAUAAUUUUUAUAAUUAUGAAUGAUUUUCAUGUCAUGUCCCUUUGAGACCAAUAUGUUAUGUUGUCACAGGGCAACAAUGCUGUAACGCCCUGGGUGUCGGGGGGUGCGAAGUCAGACGCAGGAACAGCAGAGCUUCAAUAUGUUGAGUCUUUAAUGCCCAACUGGCAAACAAAAUGUCCAACACGGACGUACUGGGUGUCAUACACAACGGUCCAACGACACGAGAAACAAACCCAGUCCACAAUAACAAUAUCCACUCCCGAAAUCCCAAAAGCUACAAUAUAACAAUCCCGCACAAAGAAGCCUACGGGCUGGCUGACUAAUAAAGCCACACUAAUUAACAACUAACUGAACACAGGUGAUACAAAUAAACAAUUAAGGAGGGGGAGGAAAAAGAGUCAGUGGCAGCUAGUAGGCCGGUGACUACGACCGCCGAGCGCCACCCGAACGGGAAGGAGAGCCUGCCUCGGUUGGAGUCGUGACAAAUGCUUUGUUUAAAUGAAUUAAGUUAAGGUAAUGUGCGAACAGAAAAUAACACUAUGGGGCCAGUUUCCCAGCUAGUCCUGGACAAAAAAUGUAUUUCCAUUGACCAUGCUUUUCAGUCCAGGUGUAGGUUUGAUCUGUGUCCAGGAAGCAGAUCCUAAGUGUUGCUCAUUAUAUGUGACCUCCAUUUUAUUUUUUAAGCACAUUUGACAAUACAGUUACUACAACCCAAUAUCCAUACCGCUUGCACACUACAUUGCUUCAUUCUAAGUGGUCUGCUAGUGUGGCCAUUGGAACAGAACCAGUGUCUCGAUCCAAGAUCAUUUGUUUUGCUGCCAUCAUGAGUUGAUGGAGAGUUAUCUCCUAUGUUAGUCUGGGAGGAAAGCUGUCUGUUUUCCUGCCCAUGUAUGACUCACACCUCCUGCAUUCAUUAACAUUCAGCUUUAUGUCAAAAAUGAACUUAACACAUUUAUGAAUAAUUAACAAGGGGUGCUGCCUUAGUCUCCUCCAUGCAAGUGAAAGGUUAACGUAAUCACAGUCGCAAGGUAAUGCCCGAAAUAUUGACUGAGGUUGUUCACAAUAUGCACAUAGACUGUAAAUAAGUGGUCGGUUCAGUCUUGCUCAUUUAAAUGCACAGGGGUGUAUGUGAAUAUGAACAAUCAACCAAGAUAAAAUAUACAGAGAUACUGUAGAGAAACUGUUUAGUCUGGAGCUGUUACCGAAAGGUGGUUUCUGUUCAGAGGUGGUAAGAUGCAUUUACCUUGCUGAUGAGGUAGUUAAGAAAUGGCCCCCAUAUCCGCAUUUAGAAAUCUGUCCAGAAUGUAAGGUAUGGUCUGCAGAAGAAACUCAAUUUCAACUGCAUUGUUUUUAAGGUGUGUAUAUUACAGGUAUGAUAUACAUUAUUGCGGAGGCCAAAAUGUAUGUUUAAUCAAUACAUCUAGGUUUAUUAUUAAUUUAAGAACAUACGCUCACAUAGGCGCAUAGCGUGAGAACAGAAAUGGUAUAGAAUGUCAACAAAUAGCAUACGCGUUCCUAGUGUUUUCAUGUAUGUAUGUAUUGAAAUCAAUGGAAUUUUGUUCUAUAUAUCCCCAUAUUAUAGACCGAUGAUUGUACUAGUCCUAAUCUCGUUCCCAAGCUGGCUCUUCUCUCUGUCAAACCUUCUCUGUUGAAUCUACUGUACAUGCGGUAGCAAAUGAGCUUGGGGACAAGGUUAUACCAGUCCCCGUAUUUCUGUAAUUAUGUGCAUCUAAAUGAAGAGGACUAUUUUACAUUUCUGUUUCCUUCUUACAAAACUGCCCAUGUAGAUUGAAUGUGGCCGUGGCAUUUACAUAAGUGCUACUUACCCACCAGAAAAUCAAUUUAUGGCAGGUGAAUAGUGAAAAAAAUUAACAGGGGGUUGGUUGUGCUGGACGGUGAUAAAGAGUUUCAAAUAUAUGUGUGCAUACCUUCUAAUAAUUAAACCAUGUAGGCUAACCUCCUGUGAUGGAUAGGGAAGUUUGUGCGAAUGGAGAGUCGCUUGGAAAUUAUCGAGGGAGGGAAAUUCUUUAAGCUGUUUGUCCCCCUCAACAGUAGCAAUGGCUUGUGUGUGUGUCACGCCCUGACCUUAGAGAGCCUUUUUAUGUCUCUAUUUAGUUUGGUCAGGGUGUGAUUUGAGGUGGGCAUUCUAUGUUUUGUUUUCUAUGAUUUUGUGUUUCUAUGUUUUGGCCGGGUAUGGUUCUCAAUCAGGGACAGCUGUCUAUCGUUGUCUCUGAUUGGGAACCAUACUUAGGUAGCCCUUUUUCCCUCCUUUCGUUGUGUGUAGUUGACUUUUGUUAGUGGCACUUAGCCCUGUAAGCUUCACGGUUGUUUUUUUCGUUUGUUGUUUUGUUGGCGUCAUUUUUCUAAAUAAAAGGAUGAUGUACGCUCACCA